AUUUCCAAAUAUUGCAGCGAAUAAACAGUCACAACGCGACAACUACUCUCCCGAGUCGCUCGGUGUAGGAGUGGGUAUAGGACUUGGCAUAGCAGCUGCUCUUGUUGCGGGGUGUAUUAGUUUUCUGAUGUACAGACGUUAUUCAAAAGCAAAGGAAUUCAAUGGUGACCAAAUGAACGCUGAACCAACGUCAUUUGACAAUAGAGUAAUCCAAAAAGACCAUGCUAUAGAACCUCCGUUUCUGUUGGAGGAUAUGGAUGGAACGGGGGAUAUCAUUGGAGUCUCUGAAAAGGACAAGGAAGCAAAGUUCCCCGAAAAGGACUCAAAG